AGCCGCUUCGUUGAGCUAUAAUUUGUGGCCAGGUCACUUCUGAAAAAGAGCUAUAUAGCUCAGUGGGCUUCACCUGGUAAAAUACAAAUAGUUUAUUUCUAUAGUUUAAUGUGGACCAUCGAACAGGAAAGAGGAUUUACCGACGUUUAAUAGAUUUUCUCAACAAAGUAAAGUAGUCAUUUGAGGUUUUUGUCUUAGGUUUUGAGGAUUUACCUGUGGAGUUCAGAAACUCGUGAGUGUUUCCACCUCUGGACAGAUGAGGCCAGGGUCCAGUCUUGUGGCCACACAUUUAUUUAAUAUAUAUGUUUCAAUGUUCUGGAUUGGCUCUGGCGGAAAGCGCUACAAUGGCACGUUAUGUAUGUAUGUAGAAUUUAUUUCGCACUGUACGAAGCCAACUGUGCUAAUCGGAGGUGCGGGGGGAAGGAUAAAAAAAAUGUAUUACUUCAACAAGAGCGAAAUAUUUACCGCGUCGUGCUUUAGCGCGAGCCCCAUGCACUGCGAGUGAACGGCUCUGGUCUAUCAGUCUGCACCACGUCGGCGCUGCCACGUGCUGUCUCUCUCUCUGCCAAACGCCACUCAGCACUAAUUGGCCUACGGUCAGGGCCCAUGAUGUAGAGGGUGGGGCGUGCACAUGUGAGCUGUGGGUGGAGUCCCAGUGUCACUUCUGCUGCCGUCAUGGCUGUUCAGUCCAAAUUAAAUUGUUCUUUUAAAGGGUUUUAAAUAGGGGGUCUAAAUUUAGUUCCUCAUAAGAUACACUGUGCCACACUACCUGUCAAGUCACUGCAUUCCAGAUAUACGAUGAUGCUCAUUCAUGCAGAAAAGAGCAUCUACAUGGCAUUAGCAUAGCCUCUUGUGUACGUCACUGUCAUUGCCCGAAUUCUAAAAGUGUAAGUCGUAAAAUUACCCUAUGUGCCAAGUCGCUUUUGUCUUGUUUGCAAAAGAAGUGUUGAAAACAAAUAACAUCUGUUGUAGUCAGGGUGAAUGGUACUAUGGCAAAGUGCUUGACUCCUAAUCGGAAGGAUACAAUUUUUUAUUCAAGUUGAGGUUGUAAACUCGGCCUUUAAUACAUUUAAAUAGGGCCCCUGCAAUGUGAAUAUUGAAUUUCCAUUACCCAUCUGAGCACACAAGCACUCUGACUUUUUACUUGUCUGAACUGUGAAAAUGAAUAAUGAAAACUUUCAUGUAAAUGUGAACAACCCGUGCACUAAAAACACCAAUCGUAGCGUCCCAAGCCUGGAGAGCUGAAAUAUAUUUGAUUCGCUAUUGAAAAGGACACUUGAGAAAGAUGUGACAUGUAAUACACAUAACGGCAGAUUUGAUUGUUUGUCCCAUCGUUCGGCACCAUUUGGGUGUCCUCAACUUCAGUAUAAUAUUAAUCCACUCUUCUAAAAGUCCCGCAAAUGCAAUGUUCUCGUCUGCAGUGAUGUAUGUUAGUUGCUGAUGGCAGCUGGGUGGAAUAUAAUUUUUUUUCACGCUACGGAAUUCCUUUCUAUUUGGCGAAAGCGCGCAGUCUAGAUGGAGAACUUAACCGAGGUCUCUGUUCACAGAGUGAAAGAGCAGGGUGCCCAAUUUUGACUCAAGACAUUGAACAAAUAAGUCUGUGAUGUCAAGCUCCAAAAAUAGACUGGUCAUUAUCACGGAGUGGCUUUUCAUGUCGGCGUGGAGCCAUGCAACUGAACUAUUUUGCCGAUGAAUUAACAACGCUGAGGUUUGCUUGACCAGACUUGUUGUUGUGGUUACACGGGCUCAUUUUUCAGCCAAACUGAGCUCUUUUCGGAGCAAAGAGACGUGGGCAACAAGCUGUUAGCAUUCGGCAAUAUCGCCUGUGCAAAAUUCUACAGGUGUUUGUCGGUGAAAUGUGCUCAUUUUAUUCGUGUUGCUGAAAGCAGAAUACAUAUUUCACUUCAAGAGACCAUUCAGACGAAGAGAUGCGUGUCAAAGUAUUUAAGUGCAAGGGCUGUUUGGCAGCAAAUUAUCUUGGUGAAUUUCCUCAAGUCCUUGCAGCCAAGAGUGCAAGUAUGGACUUUUCGUGAGGCAGUCCAGUGUCUGAUUACCAAUGAGUCAUUUGGCUUAGGAAUGAACCUCGACAAGCACUAACUCCCACUCUACACCUCUAAAUGCAAUAUGAAAUGCACUUGAACGUUGUAAAGGAUCAGUUGUAGUUUAGAGAAUAAUUUUUUUUAUAGGUUUGAAUAAUAUCAGCUUCCUUACAGAAUUUUUGGUAAAGAUAUAACGCAUACAGAUGUAAUGACUGUAAGGAUCAUUACGGUUAUAGCUGCAUUACAUAAUGCUUUAUUGUGAAGGGGCGUAUCUGGGGUAAAGGUUAAGGGCGGUGUCAGUCGAUAAGCUCCGGGAACCAUCCCAAAAGAUCUAGUAGGUUCUAGAAAGGGAACGUGGCCAGAGGUGGAGCUUGGCCACGCCAGGCAGAUAUAAGGAGCACUGAACCAGAGCUUUGGGGCUGUUAGCGUGGGAUCUGGGUCAUGGUUGCGUCGCUGCUCGCCGUCAUCUUCGUCUUCGACCAUGUGGCUGUUCUUCUGCAAGACCUGCUCCAUCUUCGCCGCGAUGCUCGUCAACCAGCCAGCGUAGCACAGGACGGAGAGGGGAUGCGUGUUUAGAGCAGCCUGGGUGUAGCCGCGUUAUGAAGUGUAUCGCCCUGUGUGCUCUUAAUAAAUAAGAAGCCUUCUACUAGAUGUGUGUCGGAAGUCGCUCACUACAUUUGGUGUCAGAGUGGUAACAUUAUUUGUAUUUUUCUCAUCAAAAGAAUAAGUAGGAAUAGUGAGGAAAUAAAAACUAUGUCGAAGUAUCAGAAGAAGCAGAACCCACCUGUGGCGUCUUCCGACGAUGACAAGACGCUGGACCUCCUUACAGCCCCGGGAACCAUGCUCCCAGUUACCCAAAUUGCGGCAGGAGAAGUGGCAGCGCCGGAGACGACGGGACAAUCGACAGUUUCUCCGCAGCAGCAACCCGAACUUGGAUGGCGCAUCCUGUCAGAUCAGUUGGAGCUCCUGCGGGCCACGCUCGCGCAAAUAGUGGAGCCCCUGAUGGCGACCACGUUGGCGGAGCUGAUUGCACGUACCGUACCAGGUGGAGACGGCCGACCGCCGGAGAUUGAAUAAUGGCCGGAGGCCGCAAUUACGCACAGCGUGGGAGACGUGCGGCCAGGUGCCGUCAUUUCAGAGCACGGGCAUGAUUCGCCGGAAGCGACGCCUGUUACUGUCGACAUAGCAAGAGGAUUGGAAUGGACCUGCCGACAGCCCCCCUUGAGGCAAUUCGUUGCGGUAGGGGGCGAUUGGAGCGCUUUUACGUGGCGCUUCGAAGCGGCUUGCCGGUCAGCGAAUUGGACCGAGGAGGAAGCGCUGAGAACUCUGCCCACGGUGUUGGAUGACGACGCACCCACUGUUUUCCGGGCCAUACCCGUAGGGAAGAAGAUGACAUUAAAAGAUGCAUGCGCCGAGAUGGCCGAGGUAUACGAACCACCUUCCGACACACGUAAGAAGUUUUUGCAGCGGAGGCAAGGGGAGGCUGAGACGCCUACCGCAGCGCGUUGUUGACAGUGGGAGAGGCGGUGUUCCCCACUGUAGACCCGAAACGCCAUGACUCUCUGGUGAUGUAAAGAAUGUUGGGACUGGUGUGUGAAAUGGGGGUCAUCUUGCCGGUCAUUGAUGAGGAUGAGCAGACGUCCGGAUGGGCCGCCGAUAUCUGCAGGCCCACAAGAACUUGCGCCGUUGGUCGCAGAUGGCGGCCUGGAUGGGCGACCCCGGCCGAGAUGGUGAGCCAGUUGGGUGGUCGCCAGAGCACAUCGUGAAUCAGCUGACAGAGGAUCUACCAAUGGAGGGUGACGCCGCAGCUGCAGUCGCGACAUGUAGUCGCGGACAGGGAGAGGUGCCGCGGCGGUCACGGUACUGGAGGCCGCGCGAGGAGGAGGAUCAUUUAUGAUGGAGGGCCGCACUUACCUGUUUCCGCUGCGGCCAGCCGGGGCACUUUGCGCGAGGAUGUCUAAGCCCUCGUCAAGUUCCGACGACGUCUCCGGCGCACCCGGCUCCAUUGACGGCUGCAUCCAAACCCCAACAGGCGAGUCGCAACACAUCAGACACUCGGCCUGUGUUACAAUCUUAUGCAUCCAUGCUUAUGAAAGCCAUCUCCACCCCGCAUUGCCCUCGCGUUGCCGCCAGGAGACAGGGAUCGGUUACACAUGGUUGGCCGAGCUCGAGGAUUCAGUGGCUAAAGUUAGCGCAUCGGGUUAUUGUAGCUGCUGCGGGGGCCUCGGUUGUGUCGGGUUCUAUCUAUGGAAUUGAGGUGCGAGUGUUAGUUGAUACGGGUGCUUCCACCACCAUCAUUUCGGAUGUGAUUUUUGACCUGUUGCUGAUCAGGGACCGGAUUGUUAGGUCGGUAGUGAAUGCGUGCAUCACGGUGAACGGAGGUAGUAUGGGGAUUAUAGGGCAAAUAGAGGCCCGCGUCAAGAUUGGUGAGAUUUCAGUUGUUGGGCUGGUACUGAUCUCGAGGACGCUGGCAGUGCCCUGCCUUUUCGGCAGGGAUUUUUUUGUGUAAUAUGUCCCUUAAGAUCCUCACUGAUCAGGGCUGUGUGGAGAUGCCAUCAGUCCGCAGACUGUUUUUUUUUUGCGGUCUCCACACAAGAGUACGGUUGCUAAUGUUAUGGUCCAGGUUUUUGCCAAGGAGUCGGUGCAUAUCCCGCCGGGAUCGAAGAUGUUGGUGCCGCUGCACUAUCAAAAACGAAUACAGGCAACGGACCUGCAACAGGCGUCUUGUUGACUGUCGAAUGCGGUGACUCGGGGAUUGGCACUCGUUAGCGCAUAGACGGUUGUCCGCCUCAAACAGAAGCCGUUCUUGAAGGUGCUAAAUGCUGGACCAGAGACGGCUGUGCUUCGGGCGGGAACGGUGUUGGCUUACGUGACAGCCGCGUUUCGUCAAGGGAACAGAGUUCCAUGCAAGGGAUUGUUGGCGCGGUGGAGAAGCAUGUCGGAUUUGAUGACACGUGGGGAGAGAAAUUGGAUAUAUUUGGUAAAUGUACUAGUUGUACGUGUGUGUCGGGUGGGGGGCGUUGUGCACCUUCGGCGGCGGAUGCCCUCUCUUGUUAUGACAAGGGUUGGGAGAGUGGAGCCCGAUGAGGAGGUCGCACCGAGGGAUAGUGUUUUUCUCCUUUCGCGUACUGAUUGACCUUAUGGCAUCAUGCGGAAGCUGGAGUGAAGGACUCUGCUCCCUCUGACGGCCUGCGACCGGUCCUAAGGGAUGGUGUUUUGAUGAUAUACGAGGAUGCGUUUCGUGGGUACCGUUUCGUGGUACCCGCUGCCGUCUGCGGCAAGCUGACUCGGGGGUUGCACGAGAACAAUUUGAGACACCCGGGGGUGCGGGAAACCUUGCUAACGUUGCAACGCAAUUAUUAUUGGCCGGGGAUGUCGAGCUACGUGCACGACCUCAUUCAGGGCACGGGAUACGUGCGUAGGAAACCGCUAUUGGAAAAGUCACAGCCUCCAUUGCAGUCUAUUUCGGUUUCGCACUCAACAUCCUCGUACCAUUUCCUGCCAAGCAGAAAGGGAUCAGAUUUUUCUUGGUGGGAGUGGAAUGUUUGUCUCGAUGGCCUAUGGCCUGGCCGCUGCCCGACCAAUCGGCAGCCUCUAUUGUGGAUCCGUUUUUGCAUGUAUACGUGUUGGACAAGGGUGCACCCGAGCAGCUUCUCACGGAUAAGGGCCGGAAUUUUUCCUCUAAGCUGCUUAGAGGAAAAAAAUUUGUGAUGUGCUAGGCACUGAUAAGAAUCGGAGUUCCCCGUACCAUCCCCAGAUGGACAGGAUGGUGGUUCGGCUGCAUAAAAUUCUGACAGCUAUGCUCACUCAUGCUGUUAGAGCAGCCCAAACAAAAUGGGAUCUGCAUGUUCCAGGAGUGUUGGCUGCGUACUGAACGGCCCCCCCUCGCUUCCACUGGAUUUUCGCCUUUUUCCUCAUGUACAGGAGGGAGAGCGAACCUCCUUUGCGGAUUCAAUUGGGGUUGUUGAAACAAAAGGGAAAAUAUGUGUUUCCUGCACCCUUGGAAAUCACUUUGGAACGUCUUUCGGCAGCCCGAGGAGCAACGAAAAUAAACACCGCCAGGGUGCAGGCGGCUAGCGAACAGAAUUCGGGAAGGAGGGACCACGAGUUGGGUGAUCGGGUAUGGUUGCGUUGGCCAUAAGCGCCAUUGGGAACGUCCCCCAAACCAUAUCGCCCAUGGCAGGGUCCUGUGGAAGUGGUGGAAGUCAAACGGUCGCAGUGUGUGCGCAUACGAGUUGGCCAUCGCUGUUUGGUUGUUCAUCCGUCACGGUUGAAGCCUUAUAUUCCUCCUCGGACUGACACCCCCAUCCCCAGAACGGGUACGGCCGGUGUCUAUUGUGUCCGACGAGCUGGGGGAACUGCAUGUGGAGAGUGCGCGUCAGGGGGUCUGUGAUGUGCCGUCCGCAGCUUCUGAAACCCUAGCCGACGGGGGCCGUGAUCUCGCCGAGCGCGAGGCAUCGCUGACCGAGGCGGAACCCGUGACACCUGCGAAACCAGGUGCACGCAGGGACCUCUCGGAAGGCGUGGGAAAUAGCGUCCUUUAACCGGAGCGUGGGAUAAAGAAAGAAAACGGAAAGUACAAACUGAGAGCAAAACGAGCGUUUCCAUUGGUAUUGCCGCUGAAGGUCGGUGGGCAGAAGGCUUCAUUGCACAUACACCUCCAUAAACAAAGUACUUGGAAUUACCAUCGAGUCGUUUAAUGAGAGACUCAACAUGCGACCCAAAUGGAGAAACAGGAUGCUGCACAACGGUGGAAUUAAGAAGAGUCUCAUGAAAGCCUAGGGGGGAACGAUGCGUGCUGACAGCUAGAAUGGUCAGAGGAUGGCACAUCUGAUGUAAAGCUGGCGAAACUUUUUUCAUUGAACACUGCCACGGAAUAAAAGCUCAGAGCGGGUGCUCCUUUUCGUGAACAGCUUUUCAAAGUUUCCGCAGUCGGGCGUGGGUUUUGUUUUAUAACGGUGAGCCAAAUCGUUUUACUUAAAAUGGAGAUCGCGUCUUGGUAUUAAAAAAAAUCAACGUAUAUUAACACGACUCUUUUGCAGUCAGUGCAAGCAAUAGUUGGAACGCGCAAAAAAGUGGAACUCUGGUUUUAAUAGUAGCGUAUGAUACUCAAAGCCGGCGGUAUGUUUUCCACUGCUAAGAAGCUAAAGGAGGAGAGCGUUUUAGGAGGCCUCCUCUCCAGUUUCAAAGUUUGCUGAACACGCCGCGUGGUGCCACUGCAAACCUGACUGAAAGUUUAAUAAUCAUCAAGUAAAUAAAUUAAUAAAACCGAGCCAGACGAAUUGGCUGCUAAAUACUUCUCUUUGUCCGCGAACGCCACACACAUAAAUCGCCGGACAACCACGGACAGAGGCGUCCUCAAGAAAGCCACCCCCCACCCACCCUUGCCAGCACGUCGCUGACAGAGAACGAGGAGAGCAGCGAAUCCGGCCACUGUGGCGGCUGCAUGGGGGAACGAGGGCCAGGACGGGGUUGACGGUGGGAUCGUAGUACGAGGGGACGUGGAGAGGAGUCUCAUAGGGGGAGCCGGGAGAGCGACGAAGGGGUGGGAAGAAGAAAAGGCGGCGUGUGUUCGUACAAAACAAGUGGUGAGAUCCUCGAACUACAGAAGGGGACUAUGCUGCGGCGGAGGAGACGGUAUUUCCUUGAUGAGGGCUCGAAGAUGGCCAGGGAGCGUGCUUGCAACCAGCUCUACGAGUCGUACUACUGCAUGAGCCAGCAGUUCCCGUUGCUCGUCUUCUUCCUGCUCAUCAUCUCGGGGACGUGCGUGGCUCUGCUGGCCGUCUUUUUCGCCACCGGACGGGAAGUGAAGAAUCACCUGGCGUUCAUCGUGACGGUGGCCACGGCACUGGGCGUGUUCCUGACCAUCUUUGUGCUGGCAUGCGUGGAGGCGGUAUUCACGCGCCUCCUCCGAGUCUUCGCCCUGACCAUAUGGGCCACCCUCGUGGCCAUGGGCUACCUCUUCAUGUUCUGCGGAGGCGUCGUCUCGGCCUGGGACCAGGUGUCCUUCUUCCUCUUCGUGGUGUUUGUGACAUACACCAUGCUGCCGUUCGGGAUGCACGCGGCCGUGCUGGCGAGCUCCGUGCUCUCCGCGUCGCACCUUGCCGUGCUCAGUGGCUUCCUGUCCACGCGCGACAAUCACUACUCCUCGGCGCACCUGGCUCUGCAGCUGCUGGCCAACACGGUGAUCUUCGUGUGUGGGAAUCUUGCCGGCGCCUACCACAAGUACCUCAUGGACGUAGCCCUGAAGCAGACCUUCGACGACACCUGCAACUGCAUCCGCUCGCGCAUGAAACUGGAGUCUGAGAAACGACAACAGGAGCGGCUGCUGCUGUCCGUGCUGCCGGCGCACAUCGCUCUGGAGAUGAAGGCAGAGAUCAUCCAACGCCUCAAGGGCCCCUUCUGCGGGCAGCAACAGCAGCAGCUGCUGCCCGAGAACUCCAACAACUUCCACAACCUCUACGUGCGGAGGCACAAGAGUGUCAGCAUCCUCUAUGCCGACAUCGUGGGGUUCACGCGGCUGGCCAGCGACUGCUCCCCUGCAGAACUUGUCCACACCCUGAACCAGCUGUUCGGCAAGUUUGACCAGAUCGCCAAGGAUAACGACUGCAUGCGAAUCAAGAUCCUGGGCGACUGCUACUACUGCGUGUCGGGCCUGCCCAUUUCCCUGCCAUCCCACGCCAAGAACUGCGUGAAGAUGGGAAUCGACAUGUGUGAGGCAAUCAAGAAGGUGCGCUACGCCACAGGGGUGGACAUCAACAUGCGCGUGGGAGUGCACUCGGGGAACGUGCUGUGCGGCGUCAUCGGCCUGCAGAAGUGGCAGUACGACGUGUGGUCGCACGACGUGACGCUCGCCAACCACAUGGAGGCCGGCGGCGUGCCCGGGCGGGUGCACAUCACAGAGGCAACACUCGAGCACCUGCACGGGGCGUAUGAGGUGGAGGAGGGAAGGGGCUUCUUGCGAGACCCCUACCUUACCGGCAUGAAAACCUUCCUGGUCAUCAACCCGCAGGGCGAGAAGGAGAGCCCUCAUCUGUCGUGCAAGUGCUCCAAGUUCAGCGACCCAAUGCGAGCUUCCAUGCGCAUGACGCGGUACCUGGAGUCGUGGGGCGCGGACAAGCCCUUCGCUCACCUGCAGCACCGUGACAGCGUGCCCUGCGACCCCACCGCCUCCUCCAACGGCAAGAUCUGCACCGUGGACAUUCAGAUGGUGCAGAUUAACCCAUCGAGGGAAAGGAGUCGCUCCCAGCGAAGGCGUUUUGAAGAGGAGCUGAACGAAAGAAUGAUUCAAGCCAUUGAAGGCAUCAACUCACAGAAGCAGUGGCUCAAAUCAGAGGACAUCCAGAGAUUCUCACUCUUCUUCAACGACAGAGCCUUCGAGAAAGAGUACAGAAAUACCACACUUCCAGACAUCAAGCACUACGUAUCCUGUGCCUGCCUCAUCUUCUUUUGCAUCUUUGUUGUUCAGAUAUUUGUGGUGCCCAAGACAGCAGAGCUCGGGAUAUCGUACGGGGUGGUCUUCCUCCUUCUCGGGUUCAUUCUCUGCGUCUGCGUCGUUGGGCAGCUGCUCCAGUGCAGCCGCAAGGCGUCGCCAUCGCUCACGUGGAUGCUCUCCGUGUCGGCGACGGUGGAGGAGAAGCCCUGGCUGCGCCUGGCCCUCACCAUGGUUACCAUGGGCAGUAUCCUCACAAUGGCCAUCUUCAACAUGUUUUUCUCACCGGCCGUGGAGUCUCCCACCUGGCAGAACGUCACCGACAACAGCUCCAGCGCCAACGCCAGCGGCUUCAGGAGCGUGAGCAGCGCUAGGGAACACUUCUACCUGCCGUACUUCCUGUACAGCUGCAUCCUGGGCCUGGUGUCGUGCUCCGUGUUCCUGCGCGUCAACCACGAGCUCAAGGUGCUGACGCUGCUCGCCGCCGUCGUGGGCUACAACGUCAUCCUGCUGCACACGCACCACGGCGUGUUCGACGCCUACACCGAGGCGCUCUACCACCCCAGCCUCGUGCGGCCUGGCGUUCUCAAAGACGUCAAGGUGAUGGGCUCCAUCUGGCUCAUCGUGUUCUUCUUCACGCUGCUGGUGCUCGCUAGACAGAACGAGUACUACUGCCGGCUCGACUUCCUGUGGAAGCAGAAGUUCAAGAAGGAGCGCGAGGAGAUCGAAACGAUGGAGAAUCUGAACCGAGUUCUCCUGGAGAACGUUCUGCCCGCGCACGUGGCAGAGCACUUCCUCACCCAUCACCGCAAGAACGAGGACCUCUACCACCAGUCGUACGAGUGCGUCUGCGUGAUGUUCGCCUCCAUCCCCGACUUCAAAGAGUUCUACCAGGAGUCGGACGUCAACAAAGAGGGCCUGGAGUGCCUACGUCUCCUCAACGAGAUCAUAGCCGACUUUGACGAGCUUCUGUCCAAGCCCAAGUUCAGCGGCGUAGAGAAGAUAAAGACGAUAGGCAGCACUUACAUGGCUGCCACUGGGCUCAACGCUGCGGUGGGGCAAGAGAAUGGGCAGGAGCCAGAACGGCAGUACGCACACAUCGGGAUCAUGGUGGAGUUUGCCAUGGCUCUCAUGGGGAAACUGGACGUCAUCAACAAACACUCGUUCAACAACUUCCGACUGCGAGUUGGAAUCAACCACGGCCCUGUCAUCGCUGGCGUCAUUGGUGCACAGAAGCCACAGUACGACAUCUGGGGCAACUCAGUCAACGUGUCCAGCCGCAUGGACAGCACGGGGGUGCUUGGGAAGAUUCAGGUCACGGAGGAGACGAGCGACAUCCUGCAGACGCUCGGCUACAACUGCCAGUGCCGCGGCAUGAUCAAGGUGAAGGGCAAGGGAGAGCUCAAGACCUUCUUUGUCGUCACGGAGAUGACUCGCUCGCUCUCGCAAGGCAACGUCAUCUGCUGAGUCCCCUCGUCAGCACUCCGCACUGAGGAUCAUGCGGAGGACCCAGCGUGUCGGACGGGCAUCGCGAUAACUUGGCAGCGUCCGCACUGAAGGGUUACGGUGCUUGCGCCACUCUUGCCUCCCACUGUCUCCGGCGAGCGGAACGAAUGCGGUCGCGCUCAAGGCUCCGUUCUCCUCCAGGCGUCCGUGAACAAGCGUUGCCCUCCGAUGUACUGAUCCGCCGUAUAUUGCAUCCAUGUCCCUGGCAAGAUUGAAGACGAAGAGAGGGGUGUGGACAGAUGGCUGCAACACCAGCACCCGCCUGCUCCAAGUUCCCAGCAGGUUCGUGUAGUCUAAAAGAUUGAUCUCAUUAGGUGAUUACAUCUGACCGUUUUUCCGUGGCAGUGAAAUGAACUGGAUCUUUCUCCUCAUUAGCCUCUUAAAAAGCUGUCCCGGGACUGAUGGAUGUGCUCAAAGUUACAAACGAAGAAUUGUCUGAUUCUACAGAAAGUUUUAUCAAAGUGUCUCCCCCACUCAAAUGAACGUUGGGCAAGUGCAGAUCUGCAUUGGUGGCCCCCAAAGGCAGUUAUAGAAAUUCGACAUUCCUAUGGCAGGGGCAUGUCUCUCGAUAAGAAAAGCAUAGCAAAACCACUGUUGAUAUCCAACAAAGUGGUACUCACUUUAUCAAGUCCAGAGGGAUGAGCUGCAGUGCAUAAAUCCAAGACAAUGCCCAUACACUUAACGAGUAAUAGUUUGUAUGCAAUUUCUAACAAAAGCCUUUUUUUAAAGGUACCUUUUCUGUUUUUAUUAAAGCUGCUAAUCUGGACUUGAACUUUUUAUGACAUGGGCGACUAAAUA